GCAUUGCGUUUCAAUCUGCCAAGUUCUUCAAGUUUUGACUUUUGCUCCCAUCCAUCACCAAUGAACUCGACAAUCGAUCACGCCCCUUCCACCAUGAACGACCCGGAUCCGUCCCCGUGGGUGCACCUGUGGCAAAUGGGCUGCUUAUACUACGAGCACGAUGACGAAUUCCGUCUGAGUUGCAACAUUUUUGCAUUAGCUGUGAUCACUUUUCUGCUGCUUCAACGGUGGACCAGCAAAACCAGGAGUGUUUUUGAAGCUCUGGAAUCGAGACUGAACGCGCUGAAGGUGGACAUUCGGGAGCACAAGACGAAUCUUUGUGGGUUCCUGAACUUUGCGAGCGUCCAAGGAAGGGCUGCCAGAAGACGAAGUUUCCAAACCAUAAAUCAAUCAUGUGGACCGUUAAGCAGUGUGAACAAAUGAAUAAGUUUAGUAUGAUUGACUUGAGCACAGAAGCAUUUCCGCAACAAAGCCCAGAACUGGGCACUUGAGCCGCUCUAGAGCCCAUAUAUUUUAGCUGCUGCUGCUGUGCUCAUGGUUCUGGAAGUCCAAACACAUUUGACAUUUUAAAUGCUGCCUGCCAGAUCACACAAUUAAUAACGCAAAAUUCAAAACAUAUUCGACUUGACGUUUUCUGGGCCCACUCGAGAGCUCCGACAAUAUGACGUAUGUGCCAGAUGAACUAAAUGUGCCCCCUCUUAUUUGAACCGAGUUCGAGGCUCAUAGUUUGUGCU